AUGCCCAACGACUACGAGCUCCGCGGCAAGUACGAGGCCGUCGACAACGACGAAGGCAACUACCUGCAGAGCCGCAAACACCACCACCUCCGCAAUGCCUCGACCGGCAGCAGCCUGCGGCCCUCGCUCGACGCCGCCUACCUCUCGUCCGACGACGACGACCUGAACGAAUUCGACCCGCUGAACGAGGAGAGCGCCCCGCUCGACACGGGCAAGAGGAGGAAACGCCCGCGCACCGAGUCCCAGGUCGGCGCCGCCGCCGACGCCUACGCCGACCCGCGAUGGCGGAACAACGAGUCGCGAGGAGGAGGAGGACGAGGCUCGCCGUGGGCCCGCGUGGCGGCUGCAUGCACGCCGACGCGCAAGCGGCUGUGGUGCUGGCUGCCGCUGCUCUUCGUGCUGGCGCUGCUGCUGCUGCUGGGGGCGGGCGGGCUGUGGGCGUGGCGGGCGGGGCCGUUGGAGGGCCAGAGCCCGCCGUGGUACCCCGCGCCGCGCGGCGGGACCGACCCGGCGUGGGCGCAGGCGUACGACCGCGCGUCGGUGCUGGUGGCGGGCAUGACGCUGGCCGAGAAGGUCAACGUCACGACGGGCGUCGGCUGGGAGAUGGGGCUCUGCGUGGGCAACACGGGCCCCGUCGAGCGCCUCGGCUUCCCCAGCCUGUGCCUGCAGGACGGCCCGCUGGGCCUGCGCUUCGCCGACCACGCGACCGCCUGGCCGGCCGGCCUCACCGUCGGCGCCACCUGGAGCAAGGAGCUGAUGUACCUGCGCGGCCAGGCGCACGCGCGCGAGGCCAAGGGGAAGGGCGUCAACGUGCUGCUGGGCCCCGCCAUGGGCCCGCUCGGACGGCUGCCGGCCGGCGGGCGCAAUUGGGAGGGCUUCGGGGCGGACCCGGUGCUGCAGGGGCUGGCGGCGGCGUGGACGAUCAAGGGCAUCCAGGACGAGGGCGUCAUCGCGACGGCGAAGCACUGGGUCGGCAACGAGCAGGAGCACUUCCGCCAGUCGUGGGAGUGGGGCGCCCCCAACGCCAUGUCGUCCAACAUUGACGACCGCACGCUGCACGAGAUCUACGCCUGGCCCUUUGCCGACAGCGUGCGCGUCGGCGUCGCCAGCGUCAUGUGCUCGUACAACCAGGUCAACAACUCGUACGCGUGCCAGAACAGCAAGCUGCUCAACGGCGUGCUCAAGGAUGAGCUUGGCUUCCAGGGCUUCGUGCAGUCCGACUGGCUGGCCCAGCGCAGCGGCGUUGCGAGUGCUCUGGCUGGUCUGGACAUGAGCAUGCCCGGCGACGGGUUGAAGUGGCAGGAUGGCAAGGCGCUGUGGGGCCCGGAGCUGACCAGGGCCGCGCUGAAUGGCUCCGUGCCGAUGGAACGGUUGAAUGACAUGGUGACUCGUAUUGUGGCGGCUUGGUACCAGCUCGGCCAGGAUGACCCGGAGAAAUGGCCCGCGGACGGGCCUAACUUCUCGUCCUGGACGGACGAGGAGGUCGGACUGCUGCAUCCCGGCAGCGACGACAAGACCACCGGUGUGGUCAACAAGUACGUGGACGUUCAAGCCAACGGCAGUCAUGGGGCGUUGGCGCGCCGUAUCGCUGCAGAGGGCAUCGUGUUGGUCAAGAACGACAACAACACCCUGCCCAUUUCCCGCCAGGGCCACAGCAUCGCAAGCGGCUUCGUGUCGAACAAGGACGACUUCAAGAUGCGCGUCGGCAUCUACGGCGAGGAUGCCCGCGGAAACCCUGACGGCCGCAACGCCUGUGCUGACCGCGGCUGCAACGAGGGUACGCUGGCCUCGGGCUGGGGCAGCGGCGCCGCCGACUUCCCUUAUCUCGUCACCCCUCUGGAGGCUCUGAGGCGCGAGUUCGACAUCGAUAUGGUUCUCCUUCACGAAUACCCUGCGAACGAGAUCCCCGAGACGAAGCAGCGUGCGCUUGAGAAUCAGGAUCUUUGCCUUGCGUUUGUGAACAGCGAUGCUGGCGAGGGCUUUAUUUCCUGGGAGGGCAUCAAGGGUGACCGGAACGACCUCUACACCCAAAAGGGUGGCGACAAGCUCGUUGAGACCGUUGCUAAGCGGUGCGGUGGAGGCGAUAGCCCCGUUAUUGUCGUUGUUCAUGCCGUUGGCCCAGUCAUCCUGGAAAACUGGAUUGAUAUCCCGAAUGUCAUGGCCGUUCUCCUGGCGCAUCUGCCCGGGCAGGAGAGCGGCAACGCCGUCGCCGACGUCAUCUUUGGCGAAGUGAACCCAAGCGGACGCCUGCCGUACACCGUCGCUAAGGAUGAGGACGACUACGGCCCGGACAGCCACAUCAUGUAUUACCCGAAUGCCGUCGUCCCGCAGCAGAACUUCACCGAGGGGCUGUACAUUGACUACCGCUACUUCGACAAGAACGGUCUGACGCCGCGCUACGAGUUCGGCUACGGCCUCUCGUACAGCACCUUCGAGCUCUCUGAGCUCCAGAUCGUCACCGACCCAACCCAGAAGACGCUCCUGCCCGCCCCCCGCCCAGACCCGAAGGUUCUCCCCGUGCCGCCGACCUACGACAACAGCACCGGCGCGCCCGAGGACUCACUCUUCCCGCCGGGCUUCCGCCGCCUCAGCAAGUACAUCUACCCGUACCUGACCAGCCUUUCCGACACGGCCAAUCCCGGCGUCCCGGACAAGGCGUGGCCCCCGGCCUUCACGGACGAGAAACUGCACGCAGAGCCGUCGCAGGCCGGCGGCGGACCCGGUGGUAAUCCGGACUUGUACACAUUCGUCGCGAACAUCUCAUUCACGAUCAGAAACACCAGUCCAGUCCGUGGCAGCGCGGUGCCGCAGUUGUACGUCUCGUACCCAGAGCACUGGACGGAUCCGGAGAACGCGGCGAUGAUGGGAAAGAAACCCACCACCACGACAACAGCAGCGGAGGAGGAGGAGGAGGAGGAGGAGGAGAAAGAGGAGGAGGCCUCAGCAAACGAAGGCAUCAUCAGCGACGACGGCAAGGUGACGAGCCCGUUCGAGAAGAACCCGCCCGGGAAACCCUCCUCCCACAAGAGCCAUCAAAUUCAUCACAACAACGAUAACAACGGCACCCACUCGUCGCCACCCCCGGACCUCCCGCCCGACCGCCACGACCCGGCCGUCGUCGCGCAGCUCCGCGUCGUCGACUUCCCCGUCCGCGUCCUGCGCGGCUUCGAGAAGGUCGAGCUCGCGCCCGCGGGCGAGCCCGGCGACGCGGCCCGCGUCAGCUUCGCCGUCACCCGCCGCGACCUGAGCUACUGGGACACGCGGAGGCAAAACUGGGUCAUGCCGACGACGGGAGGGGGGACGAACAGGGAGUUUGGCGUGUGGAUCGGGUGGAGCAGUCGGGAUUUGGUGUUGAGUGGGAUGAUUUGA